GGUGCGCGGUGGUGGCUCGCGCCACUUUUGUCCCUCGGCCGAGAAGACACGUGAAUGCAACCACGUGGUUCAGUGCGUGACACGAGAGCUGGAGAUAUUUACGAGAAUUCUGACUGGGUGCUUCGUAGACAGUGACAAGUUUCCGCGAGCGCGACGGGACUCCAGGGUUCUCAAAUUCGCAACCGUGGACACGAGAAUAACCGUCAACCUGGAGUCCACGUGCCAGAAACGACGGAAAUGUGAGGCCGAUGGGAAGGAGGCGAAGGCGGAGCUGACGGCGCAACGCAAUAUGUUCCCUAGCGCUCAAAUUAAAAUGAGAUUGCUGUCGCCAAGCAGUUCGCCGGCCACCUCGCCCACGAUGUCGAAUUCCUCGUCGCCAACACCACCGACGCCGGCGGCCCCGGCUUAUAACCAGAAGAUGACCGGUAUUCCUUGCGUAGCGGCCGCUUCGAGGUACACUGCACCGGUUCACAUCGACGUCGGCGGCACGAUAUACACGUCCUCCCUCGAGACUUUAACGAAAUACCCAGAAUCCAGGCUAGCGAAAUUGUUUAACGGCAGCAUCCCCAUCGUUCUGGACUCGUUAAAACAACACUAUUUCAUCGAUAGAGACGGCGGCAUGUUCCGGCACAUAUUGAAUUUUAUGCGAAAUUCCCGGCUGCUGAUACCCGACAACUUUGCCGACCUAGAUUUGCUGCUGGAGGAAGCACGAUACUUUGAUAUUGCGCCUAUGUGUAGGCAAUUAGAGCAAAUGAAGAAGGAGCGUAUAAAGAACGGUUCGACAAUGACAACAACUUCGCCAAGUCCUCCGCCCUCUGGUCAGCUCGGUGGUCGCGGCACUGCCUGCACUACGGCGCCUUGCAAUCGUGAUUUUGAGAAGAUGCGCGGCAAUGAUGGCAACUGCAGCUACGAGUGCGUAGCGUUACACGUGAGCCCGGACCUGGGCGAGCGGGUGAUGCUGUCAGGAGGACGGGCGUUACUGGACGAGGUGUUUCCGGAAACGACACAGGCGGUGAUCGAUGCGCGAUCCGGCGUUGCUUGGCACCAACAGGAUGCCCGUCAUGUCAUACGGUUUCCACUAAACGGCUACUGCAAAUUGAACUCCGUUCAGGCGAUCACCAGACUGCUGAAUGCCGGUUUCCGGGUGGUGGCAAGCAACGGCGGCGGCGUAGAAGGUCAACAAUUCUCGGAGUACCUGUUCAUCAGGCAAGCCGUCAACACUUGACGGAGCACGGCGCAUCAGCGCAAAACGAUCUCCAAGUCGAUCCGCUGCCUGCAGCGUGACCACGACUUAGAGUGAGUGCAAUUGUCCAGGAGAACACCUCAAGACUGCAUCGCGGAUUUUGGUUAUUCUAACAAAACAGAGCGGGGCAUCUCGGUACAAGAAUAGGAGCCUGGCAAUCGCAACUGCUGUUUGAUGCCGAAAUAUUUAUAGUAAUACGAAGAUCUCGUAACGUGCACUAAAAUCACUCAAUACUAUAUUGAAUCAUGAAAAAGUGAAUAAGUGAAUAAAAGAGUGCGAAUAAGUUUUGCAAUUUACAUCAAUUUACAUUCGUUUUACAAACCGACUUUGUCAAACAGCAACGUCUCGUUUGUAUGCAUACGUAAGUUACAAGAAUUAUUUGCAUGUAUUAUAAUCUGAAAUAGUUGACGUUGAAGGCACUUA